GGUGUUUAAACGAUUCCAGAUGAAGCGGGUCUUCCUCCUUUUCUCGCAACAGGAGCAGCUUCCUCAAAACUUCAGCAUAUAAAGAGGUCGUCCACUAACCCAGUUCCAUACCAGCAUCCAUCUUUUGUUCUGAACUUCUGGAAAUCAUCCAGGGCAUAAUGUAUGCGUUUGGUGGAAUCAGCCUACUCCUGGUGGUGUGGUGUGGACUAGCUCACACUUUGGAGAAUUUCACACUGGAUGAGGCCUGGGAGAGCUGGAAACUGACCCACAAUAGGGAGUACAAUGGCCUGAAUGAAGAGUCUAUUCGACGGGCGAUUUGGGAGAAGAACAUGCUAUUUAUUGAAGCCCAUAACAAAGAGUAUGAACUGGGGAUUCAUACCUAUAAUCUGGGCAUGAACCAUUUUGGAGAUAUGACACUAGAAGAAGUGGCAGAGAAAGUCAUGGGACUUCAAAUGCCCAUGUACCGGGACACAGCGAACACAUACUUGCCUGAUGACACGUUGGAGAAGUUGCCCAAAUCUAUCGACUACCGUAAACUGGGAUACGUCACUUCUGUCAAGAACCAAGGUUCAUGUGGCUCAUGCUGGGCCUUUAGCUCUGCUGGGGCUUUGGAAGGUCAGCUGAAGAAGACCAAAGGUCAGCUGGUGGACCUCAGUCCUCAGAACCUGGUGGACUGUGUGACUGAAAAUGACGGCUGUGGUGGAGGAUAUAUGACAAAGGCCUUCAAAUACGUCAGUGACAACCAAGGCAUUGAUUCAGAGGAAAGCUACCCCUAUGUUGGAAUGGACCAGCAGUGUGCCUACAACAGCUCAGGGAGAGCGACCACAUGUAAAGGGUAUAAAGAAAUUCCUCAGGGUAAUGAGAGGGCACUGACUUCCGCUGUGGCAAAGGUGGGACCUGUAUCAGUGGGUAUAGACGCCAUGCAAUCCACCUUCCUGUACUACAAAAGCGGUGUGUACUAUGAUCCCAACUGCAACAAAGACGAUAUCAACCAUGCAGUUCUAGCUGUUGGCUACGGAGUCACACUGAAAGGCAAAAAGUACUGGAUUGUGAAGAACAGUUGGGGUGAAGAUUGGGGGAAGAAGGGGUACGUCCUGAUGGCUCGUAACCGUAACAAUGCAUGUGGCAUUGCCAACCUGGCCAGUUACCCUGUCAUGUGAGAGCUGGAAGUAAGGAGUACACAUCGGACCAAACUUGUCUGCUGUUGACCAAUAACAAAAGGGACUCGAUCAUUAUCAGUGUGCUCCAGCAUUAAAUAAUGAUUGGGGAAACACUCUCUUAAAGAUGCAGUUGAUUUGAAUACCACAAGGUUGAGUGUAUUUUCCUCGUGUGUAUUAGAUGUCUCAUUCUUAAUCCCAUCAAUUUGUGCAGUUGAAACUGUUUUGUGCAAUAUUUGAAAUUCAUAAGGGAAAUUUUGAUAUUGUGUAUACAGUCUUGUUAAACAUUUUUUUUUAUUCCCCUGGUGGGAUCUGAUCUUUGAAAUACUUGUUUUAUGAUGUUUUGAUUAUAUAGAUUACCAAGAUUUUUUUUGUUGAAAUAUUAAAUAAAAUGUUUAAUUUUGGGUACAUCAUAUUUGGGUAAAAGUAUCUCAAUGUCAUUUCCAUAAAUAUUCAUAAAUGUUACUUCAAUGAGGCUCAAUCAUAUGCUUAUCACACUAACACAGUUAAUACCAAGUCAAUAUCACACCUCUAUACAGAAACAUUAUAUAUGAUAAAUUACAUUCAGAGAAUAAAAUAUCAAUGCCAAACCAUA